AUGUCUAGUAGGACUUAUUUUUUAAUCAUAUGUUUAUUCCUUUUCUCCAACACGGUCAAUUUGAUUUGGAGGGGACGCAUUAGUAGCACUGGCAAACGCGAACGUUUUUCAGUCUUGUCUAGUAGUAAUGCAUUCUCUUGGUUCCCUUUAACUAAAAGGUCGAUUUCGAAUUCGGAAAUUUACUCGGAUAACUCGACUAUUUUUCAAAAAGAUACAAAUCUGUUUACUGAGCAAUGCAAAGAUAUAUAUGAACACGAGGAUCGAUGCGCGUUCGUACGCGAGCAUUGUCAAUAUUAUACGUCCGGAUUGCUAAAUUAUCUCGAUUUCUAUUUUUGCGGUCUAAGUACAUUGAAAUUUCCAAUACUUUUGGUACUCUUUACUUGGUUACUUUUCCUUUUCGGGUUUGUUGGCGUUGCUGCUUCUGAUUUCUUUUGUCCUAAUUUAAGUACAAUUGCUGCAAAACUUCAUUUAUCGGAAAGUAUGGCUGGCGUGACCUUUUUAGCAUUUGGGAAUGGAUCCCCAGAUCUCUUUAGUACUUUUAGUGCUGUUACAAAUCACUCGGGCUCUCUAGCCAUAGGAGAACUUAUCGGCGCCGCGAGCUUUAUUUCUUCAGUAGUUGCCGGCUCUAUGGCCGUAAUAACACCUUUUCGAGUUACAAGGGUCCCGUUUAUCCGUGAUGUGUUGUUCUUCAUCGGAGCAAUUGCUGUCGUUAUUUUUAUUAUUACGGAUGGAGAGAUUCAUUUUUGGGAGAGCGCGAUACUGGUUAUUUAUUAUUGUAUAUAUGUUAGUGUAGUGGUGGUGGGUGCUUGGUUGGUGAAACGUAAAAAGAAGAGAAUCUGGCUUGAACAGAAAGCAAGAGAAGAAUAUACAAAUGUAUUGGAAGAAGGGUCAACAGACUAUUUUGGAGCACAACAUGACGAGGAAUAUGAUGACCAAGAUGCGUAUGGCUACGACACAUAUAGUGAGACUGAUUUUUUACUACAAGAGGAAGAACGCGAUGAGACUUAUGACAGGUCAACGAGUCCAAUAUCAAUGACUUCAUUUGCUCAUCACACGGAUAAUCCAGAAUCAAAUGAAUACUACAUACCAUCCAUAAAUAUAAAUGAUGUUGUUGAUCAAUCGUUGGGCUUCCAUCAUCAUAGUUACUCGUCAUCACGAACCAUAGGAAGACCUUUACAUCGUGGGAUGCGACCAUCACUAUUUGGGGCCAUCGAGUUUCGGGAUGUAGUGAGAUCUCUGAAAUUAGAUAGUAAUGCUAGAGCACUUGGUCCAUUUGGGCGUAGUCAUACCUAUGACUUUUAUAAUACUAGAGGAUCCAGACCUAAUUCCAUAAUAAGAAGUCGGACGUUGCCAACUGCUAAAAACGAUGGAGGUCGAAGGCGUUCAGGGAUUAGCUUUGGAGCUUCAGAGUCAUCUAGUCAACUUCCAAAUCUGAGACGACCGCAUAGCACAUCUGAUCUAGUUAACAACAAUGAUGAUGAUCAACAUCUAAAGGUGCCUUCAGAAAUUGUUAGACAAAAACCCAGCACUCCACGUUUAAUGUUGAUUCCUCCAACUCCCGAUCAAGGAAGAAGUCCGUCGCUUUCUCCCAGUACGGCCAGCUCACCAAUAUUAUUUACACACUCACCAGUGUCUAUGUCACCUAAGCAAUCUCCUUCUUCAGGAACUCCACAACCUUCAGAAUUCUUUCUUGAAGGUUCUCCUCCACCUUCUCCUACAUCAGAUGUAACACCUUCACCACCUCCUCCAUCUCCUGAACCUUCUUUCACUUAUCAGUCAGCUCCAAUUAAAUUAUCUUCUCGUUUAUCAAAUAUUUGGGACAACAUCCAACCAAUAAUAUUUCCAUCUCUUACAGAAUUCUCUAACAAGUCCGCAUUUGCCAAGCUCAUUGCAUUAUUAGCAUGUCCUGCUAUCUUUUUGCUCGCUCUUACCUUACCUGUCGUUGAGCCUGAUGAGAUUACAUUGCAAGAUAAUGAAAAGAAAAAGCAAGGAACUAAUGAAUUCGAAAUUCCUCCUCAUAUUCAGCCUCCCACUAUUAUACUUGAGGGUCAAGAUCUUAUAAUUGAAGAUAAGUCUGAAGAAGAGCUCAAAAACUCAAAUUGGAAUCGAUGGUUAACUUCGACUCAGUUUUUACUGGCACCAAUUUUUACCGUUACAGUAUUAACUGUUGGAAUUGAUUUGGAUGAUGAGCCGCCACCUUUUUAUUCGUCCCUUUGUUUCCUUGGAUUUGCUAUUGCAAUGGUUUGGAUUUUUCUUGUCGCUAAUGAGGUCGUAGGAUUGCUUCAGGCACUCGGAUUGAUCAUGGGUAUGAGCGAUGCUAUCUUAGGCUUGACCAUUUUUGCAAUGGGAAAUAGCUUGGGUGACUUUGUCGCUAAUAUUACUAUUGCAAAAAUGGGAUUUCCCAUGAUGGCAAUGAGUGCUUGCUUCGGUGGUCCAAUGUUAAGAAUUGGCAUAAGUGGAUCAUACAUGACACUAAAAACACGAGAACCCUAUCUAAUCACAGUUUCACCCACUCUAUUCGUUUCUUCAUUCGGUUUAUCCAUUGCCCUGAUUUCAGCUCUAUUAUACUUGCCACGAAACGACUAUCAAUUUGUGGCACGCGCUUUUUUUAAACUUCCCGAAAUAUUGAAAAUAAAAAUGUGGUCGCUAAUUGACUACAUUUUACAAUUAACCCCGUAUUCGCAUCUCGCUGGAAAGUUACAUCCUAUUGCUUCAAUAGUUGUCGCUUUCUCAUUGUUAAUCGUCGGCUUUAUUGUUACUAAUUCCGUAACGAUGAAACUGUUUGGAAAGGAUAAAUUUAAGCCAGCAGGAAAACAUGCUUAUAUAACAGGUGGUAGCACUGGACUUGGAAAAGCACUUGCUGUUUUUCUGGCAAAAAAAGGUGCGAGUGUUACUAUAGUUGCACGCGAUAGAAUAAAAUUAGAUACAGCUUUAGAAGAGAUUAAAGUUGCGCGCGUCAACGAAAGUCAAAUAGUCAAUGCAAUCUCUGCAGAUGUGACCAUUCAUGCAGAAGCUGUUCGUGCCUUAGAUGAAGCAGCAACGAAACAUGGUGGCAAGGUUCCAGAUUUUAUAUUUAAUUGUGCUGGUGCUUCUAUACCUGGCAUAUUUAUUGAUCAACCUAUUGCCGAAUUCGAAGCUGGAAUGAAACUUAAUUAUUUCGGAACAUUGUAUACUGUUCAUGAAGCUGCCCGGCGUAUGGCACAACAAGCUGUCAAAGGUAAAAUUGUCCUUGUUAGUUCUGUUCUGGGAUUUAUAGGAUUUUUUGGAUACAGUCAAUAUGCACCGACUAAACAUGCUAUACGGGGUUUGGCUGAUUGUCUUCGUAAUGAACUUUUACUCUAUGAUAUCAGCGUUCAUUGUUAUUUUCCCGGGACUAUUCUAUCACCCGGUUUAGAGAACGAGAAUAAAACAAAGCCACUAGUUACGAAACAAAUUGAAGGUGAAGAUGACGGAUCAACACCAGAGCUAUGCGCAGAGGCGUUAUGCAAAGGUCUGCGAAGAGGUCAAUAUUUUAUCACAUCUGAUUUAGUUGGAAAUAUAAUAAGGGCUGGCACGAGAGGGGUUGCACCAACAAACAAUGUCGUUGUUGAUGCUCUACUUGGCUUCGUCGCUUGGAUAAUUGCUGGCCCAGCGAGGAUUCUUGGAGAUAAGACCGUUAGAGAUGCAAAAGCGACGUAUUUAAACUCUUCUAAUACACUUUCAGGUGAAAAUAAUUCUACGAAUGUUCCUGGUAAUUCACAAGCUGCUAAAAAGUCUGAUUAA